AUGUCGCCGGUCGGAGAAGAAGUUAGGGCUAGGGCACAGGUGUACCGUGGAAACACGCUGUGCCAAGAGAAAACGCGGCUUCUCCUCAAGGAAAUGGCUGUGCCUAAAGGGUUGAUGCCAUUGAAGGACAUAGAAGAAUUCGGUCACGAGAAGGAGAAAGGUCUCAUGUGGCUGAAACAGAAGCAAAGCAUAACCCACAAGUUCAAGAAGAUCGGGAAGCUUGUGUCUUACGGCACCGAGAUCACGGCCGUGGCAGAGAACAGCAAGCUCAAGAACAUCACCGGCUGCAAAGGAAAGGAGUUUUUCCUGUGGAUGAGUGUCACUGAAAUGGCGGUCGAUUACCCGACAAAGGGAACGAUCACUUUCAAGACUCCGUCCGGCCUGACCAGGACGUUCCCCUCCUCGGUGUUCGAGGACGAGGAGGAUGACGAUGACGAGAAGGAGAAGGUCUAA